GGUUUUAAAGGGGCACUGAUGCGUAGCACUUUGCGUGGACGGGUUGUUCCCUUUGUUAUUGUUUUCCUCCCGCGAGUGCCCGGAUGAUAUCCCAGAAUUCUUGACUGGAUUGUGACCUCUGCUGCGCCACUCGUGAACGCACUUAUUUCGUAAAUAGAGCAGCGCCACCUAGCGGGGGUAACUAGCAGCGCUACUUGGCGUGAUCACUCCCGGCUUAUUUAUAAAAGAAAGCCUGUCACCCGGCGAAAUGGAUUUACUUUUGCUCUGGCUAUGGGUCGAGGACGUACGACAGAAUCGGCAAAGAAACGAAGAAUACAGGAAGAAAGAAAGAGGAGGAACCAGUCUCGAAUCUGUUUAGGAGUGCACUUUGACAGAUUCAACAGCUUGAGGGAAAACACGGAGUCAAGCAAGAGCGAUGUCAUCAAACAUCUGCUCGAUGUUCACGACCAAUUCUGCGACUGCAGCAACGUUCAAACAAGGGAUACUGAUCAUCAUGAACUGACUUGGUCGAUAUCAACAUCGGGAACACCGCCGCUUCCUAUCACGCCUGGACCUGAUUUCAGUACUCCAGUUUGUGAUCAAGUUGACACUCCGGAACAUUUCGAGUUGAUAACUGUGUGGUUGCCAGUGAGCAUUGUGACAGUUUGUCAACCUUGGCAGCAAGUUUACAAGAUUCUCCAGAAGUUCCAGACCAGGCACCGUGUGAAACGCCACAACCAAGUUUCAGCCUCAGCAGAGGACAAGAAGAAUUGGUGGAUGAAAUUGGGAGCUGAUGAGGAAUAUGACCCUAAUGUCAGCGAUGCAAGGGCUACCUUUGAGAAGACUUGGACACGUCAGCAGUUGAAGAAGAUCUUCUGAACAUGCCACUGCCAGAGGAGGAGGAAGAGGAGGAAGAGGAGGAGGAAGAAACAUCAGAGCCACUACUUCACCUUGUCUCCUCGCGGAAGUUCAUUUGUUAUCUGGACCCUGUCAUGGAUUUAGUGAAAGAGAAAGCUGGUGACACUUGUACAAGACCACAUUGCGAUUCACCGCUAACUUUCACAGACAAGACCCACGGCACAGCUUUAGUCAUAAGAUGGAAAUGUACUUCGGGUCAUUCAUGUGGAUCCUGGGCCUCUCAGCCAAGAAUGAAAAGGAUGUUUUGUGGUAAUCUCCAGCUGGCAACCAGUAUCCUCUUCAGUGGCAACUCAUACAAGAAGAUAGGCCUUCUAACCAAGUUCCUAAACCUUGGAUGUAUUAGCGAGCCAGCUUUCUACCAGGUCCAAAGACUGUAUGCAGCACCAGCAGUGGACAUGUUCUGGAACGCAAUGCAGACACAGCUCCUUUCAGAGAAGGUUCGGCAACAAUUGGAUGUCCGUGUUGCGGGUGAUGGUAGGAAUGAUUCCCCUGGUCAUUCUGCCCAGUUCUGCACUUAUUCCUUUUCGGAUAUGGACACAGAUGCAAUAUUACACCUCGAAGUAGUAGACGUUCGUCAGUCCACAUCCAGUGUGGCAAUGGAGAAGGUGGCAUUCAGACAUGGACUCGACUUCCUCAUUUCGAAGGUGAAGGUCACUGAAGUUGUCACUGAUCAGAGUUCAAUGAUAACCAAACUCAUGAAACCUGGAAAACGUCUAAUUGCUUGUUGCAAACCGAAUUCGGUGCUGAGGCAAUGGAUUGCACCCAUCAAGAACCACUUCUGGUGGAGUGCACAGGCCUGCGAAGGACACACCAUCAAAAUGAAGGAAAUCUGGAUUAGAGUCCUUUCCCAUGUGUGCAACAUUCAUGAAUGGCACAUUGCAGGGCACACAGAAGGCAAGUGCAUGCAUGGUCCUAUUGAGCAGACUGAAGAUACCGGACGGCCAUGGUUGGACAAAAAGAGUCCUGAAAUGGAUACCCUACGACAAGUCGUCGCAGAUCCAAAGUUCCUGGGGAAGUUCCACUACUUCCGCAAAUUCAGACAUACCGGUGCUCUGGAAUCAUUCAACAGCCAUAUCUUGAUGUACUCUCCAAAGCGUCACUCUUACCAGUUUACGGGCUACCGUGCAAGGAACCAAUUGGCAGCAAUUGAUCACAACCACCAUCUGCAUCGACCGGAUCAGAGAACGAGUGACGGAGAAACAAUAUACACAGGUGUGUACAGUAAGAGGACCCAGCGCUGGAGACCAAAGACUGCCAAAGUAGAGAAGAACUAUUCCUACAGAUGGGACCUACAAAUGUUGGCUUUCCAGAAACGACAAAACGAGGAGACUGGAGGUCUGAAAAGAAAAACACCAAUGACCGAUGAUGAUCCGAGACGUAUAUCGUCAACAAUUGCAAAGAGACCCUGUCCCCCAAUCGCAGAGCUUGUGAGUCAGUGUGUCACACGAUUCAAGAAGUGAGGAGCUGAACUGCAUCCAGUUCCACACCCAGACAGUCAUAUUUACAGUCAUUAACAAUUGUCGUAGGUCCAUCCACCUUGUGUAUAACGGUUGUCCAGAGUGUUUUUUGUUAUAUAUUUGUUUUUGUAUUAUGUUUUAAUUUCCAAAAGGUACAUAUUUUAACAGAUGCUACAAGUAACAAUAGUACACCAUCAUUUAGUUUUUCCUCGUGGGACCACAAAGGGUCUAGGUAACCCAAUCUUCGCAUACUACAUAUUAUUGAGUUUGGAGAGCACACAGAGAUGACCAAAAUGUACAACAAUUAGCUUUGUCACCAUGUAUUUACGUAAUUUGUAGUAUCUUUUUAUCUCACUUUUGAAAUUUUCCUCUUUACAAUGAGACAAGAAGGUUCUUAUUUUUUUAGAUCUUCGACUGCGUUCAAACAGUAGGUGCCAUACAGACUCUAAUGUUUGUUUGAAAAAUGUACAUAAUAGUGAUUCUUUUCGUAUGUAAAUAAGCAUUGGUUGUUAAAUUAUUCUGACAAAUCAGAUAUUGGAAGUAUUCAAAUUUACAUUUUGUCUACAUCAAUUGGGCAUUAUCCAUACAUUCAAGUUGUCUACCUAAUAUUUCUCUCCAAAUCACAUAGUAUGUGUCAUAGUAAGACAAAUGGAUAACAACUUUCCCACAAGUAAAUGUUCUGGGCUGCUUCUUGCCCCUUCGUCAGUACAGUAUAUUUAUACUGGUGUACAGGAAACCACAUAUCUAAAUAUGUAUAUACAAGCACAAGGGAAGGAGAUGUAAUAAUUGUGUACAAAGAAUGUGUCAAACACAGAAAAACUGGUAAAACAUUUGUUCUGUAGUAUUGUACUGUUUUCUGUAGUCAUGGGUGUAGAGGUGUGUACAGAAGGAAACAGGAUGACCACAUUUUCAUCCCCUUGUCUAAGUGUUUCUAUGUAAUAAAGUUUGAAUCGCUACUGAGA